GUAGCAGUAUCGGCGGCGGCGGAAGCAAACCAACCAGGAAGAGAGCGGCGGCGGCGGGGGAGGAGAUGACGGGGAAGGGGGUGCGGCGGAGGGAGAAGAACUACCGGGCGGCGCACGGGGGCGACGCGCGGCUGCCCCCGCCGCCCAAGCAGCGGGAGCUCGAGGCGCUCCCGUCCAAGCUCCGCCGCCUCAUCGCCAUCCAGAAGAAGCAGGACGCCACCGCCGGCGGAGGCAAGGCCGACGCUUCCUCCGGAGGGGCUCCCGGGAAGCAUGGCGCCGACGCGACGGGGAAGGACAAGGCCGGGAAGGAUAAGAAAACCAAGAAGCUGACCCUGGAGGCUGCCGCGGAUGCCAAGGCAGCAGAGGGUGGACCGGCGGCCGAUGAGAACACGAAUUCUGAUGGUGGAAAGAAGAAGAGGAAGCGGGGGAAGGUCGAGGAUCUCCGUUUCAAGGAGCUCGAGGCGAAUGUCUCGGUUUCGAAGAAGCAGAAAAGGAAGAAACAUCUGGAUGAGAAGAAAAAGAAGCGCAAGGCUGGUAAGGCCGAGACUCAUCUGGAAUUCCCUGGACGUGAGAAGGUCAAAUUUGGUGAUAUUGUCGAGGCUCCACCAAAGCUAUCAUUCCCAAAGCGGAAGAGUCAUUUGGAUGUUUCUGCUGAGAGGCUAAGGAAAGAGGUGGUUGAGAAUUACAGAAACAUCAAAGGCUGGGCAUCAAGGCCUGGUCUCCAGCUUCCCACUCUAGCUGAAUAAACAUCUGUCUAACCAUUUAUCUUGGACCUUCUUAUGUUAGAUCAGAGUUGCUUAUAUAUAACAAAUUAUGCAAUCUCUUGUAAGCAAUUGUGAAAUGUUAUAUUGUUGUUUGAUUCGAGGUUGUUUGUUC